ACCUUCUUAAGAUCAUAAAAAGUCAACUAACUUGUCAACUGCCUGGAAUAAGCUUGCAAUUUCCAUCAAUAAAAUUACUGAGGUUUGACUUGUCAAAAUGUGUCAAAAAGCAUUCGUAACCAUUUUCUAUAUUUCCAUUCAAAUAGUUGCGGUACUUCUUCAAACUGUUCCAGAUAAUGGAGAAGACGCUGAAGAUGAAUCUGUUCCAUUAGAAACUAAGGAAUGUCGUGAGAGAGAAAGACUGGUGGCAUCCGAUAAGGAUGACCUAUAUGCCCUUGUAGACGCGAUUAUUGGACAAACUCUCAUUUUGCAAUGUCGGUUUUGUAAUGAAGAGCUCAGCGAUCAGCCGAAGAACUGGUUCAAGAUUGAUCAGCUGGGGUAUUCUGAGCCUCACGAAGUCCAAUUAGACAUGAACAAUGACAAUAACAAGAACAAAAUCCAAGUAAACCACAAGCACAGCCUGAUUAUCAAUAACUUUCAAACGAAUGACGUGGGGUUUUACUAUUGUAUCCAUUUUGAGGAUCAAACUAAUAAGGAAAAGUUCAAUUUCCUUGUAGACAUUGUAAGCCCAAAUAAGUCAAAAGCAAUUGAAAAAGGUUCUAUAAGUGAUUGGCUUGAGUAUUACGAAGACAAUUUCGUACCCAUUAAUAAACUGUUUAAAGAAUCCGCAGCAACCGAGUUUGUUUAUUUAAGAGAUUAUCUGAAAAUAGAUGCGGAACUGGAGACCCAAUGGGGAACCGCUGGACCAUGUGAAUCUUGUGGUAAGCCCAAGGGCGAGGGGGUUAUUAAGAAAACUGGAGUUUGUAGGAUUAAGUUGUCACCUUAUGGAGGAAACCUUAAAAAUGCGACACCAGCAGAAGAUUAUUUAUAUAAAGCACCAGCAUUAUCUUGUAGAUCCAGCAGGUUGCAGCAAAUGUUUCCUUAUAUCAGUAAUUUUACGUUUAAGAUUCCGGAUUUUAUUAUUGAAGAUAAGUGCACAGGCGUAUGUAAUCCUGAUGCGGAGGGAAUUAACAAAGGUUGGAAAGUGGGCAAAGGAAAGGGCUUCAAAUACAAGAGACAUUUUGUAUUAAAAGAGGGUUCUCACAUAACAAUUGUGUGUCCAGAAUCGAGCUUAGAAAACAACGUUAUCUGGAGGAAAAAUGGAAAAGAGUUAAAAAGAGGUGAUAACUCCAACCCUCAUGUCCUAGUAGACACCUUCAACUCACUUUAUUUGAUCGAAGUGACUGUUCCAGACAAGGGAAACUAUACGUGUCAAGUAGACGACAUUAGGAUGCAACAAACGGUCAUAUUCGUCUACGGAAAAUCGAAGAUCCUUACCAGCGAACUGGGCAGAUACAUGACUUAUCUAGGAUUCAUCUUAUUCCUAUGCUCCUUCUGCUACUGCGGCGGAUUAGUGAUUACGUGGCGCAAAAGGCAUUUAUUCAAAAAUUACGAGGAAUUAAGACAAGAAAACCCGAAUAUAACCGCAGAGGAAGAAGAGAAACUUGUGUAGCCCUUAAUAUACUUUAAAAAGCAGGCAGCGCACUUUCAUUUCGGUCGGAAAAUGAGUUAUUUAUCGGCAAUGAAGCGGAGCCACGUAGGACCGGGGUUUAAGUUCGCACAGGCAGUUAUUUACUGGCUAUAAAACGUACCUGGGUUAUUACGUUAUAUGGGAACAAGAACAAAUUACAAAAAUUACGUCUUGGAGGUGUUACGGUUAGUUUGGGGUUUUGCUAAAAUGUAAUUGAGUGGUCGUUUCGGGGCCACAAGAUGAUUCAGGGAAGCACAUUCGGGUGUAGUUUGAGAGCACCAAUGACACAUUAAGUUAAUCGUUAUUAUUACUAUUAUGUAGAGAAACUUAUGGAAUAGAGUGAUGUUUUGGAAGAAAAUCUAAUUUAUCUAAUAAUCGAAGUUAAUAGUGUUUCAUUUAAAUAUUAAGUCAUUUGCAAGAAUAUCACUUGAAGAGCAAGAAGUCUGUGACUAAUUGGAGAUGAAUCAUGGUCAGUCACAUCUGGAUCGUAUCUACCAUAUGCAGUUAACACGUUGACUGCCAUGACAUUUACAUAAAAACCAUUCUCAGACGCCACUAUGUCAAAAUUGAAAUAAUUAGUCAAAAUGGCUUACAAAUCAACAUUUCUAAUAUCAUAUGUUAUAUUUAUUUUUUUUUUGUAAAAAAAAACAACUUUCGAGUUAUCUCGUGGUCGGGCGUGUCCGAGCAGAAGUUUCUUGUGGCGCCCAACUAUCGCCCAACGAUUUCAAAUAUGCACAAAGUACAAAUGAUUGAAGUGCGCAACAGGAACGGAAAAGUUUCUGUGACACCUAAUUUAAUAAAGGACUACAAUGCAGGAAUGUCAGGUAUCGACCAGUCCUAUCAAAUGCUAAGUUACUAUAGCUCACUAAGAAAAACCAUUAGAUGGCCGAAAAAGAUUGCAUUGCAUAUUCUGGAAAUAUAUAUACAUAAUGCUUACUUGCUGUUUCGUGAAUCGACCGGAAGCAGCAUAAAAUUUUUAAAAUUUAGAGAGAUGUUUGUGCCUACUGUGUUCUCGGUGAUAAAAGUCCAGCAGCGGGAUUUUCACUAUUUGGAAGGUAUACCACCAGCCGAAAAAAAACAACGACCUACAAGACCUUACCGUGUAUGUACUUCGAAUAAACUUCGACGAGAAACACGUUAUUUUUGUCAUGUCUGUGAAGAAAAACCAGCCUUAUGUGUGGAAAUAUUGCUUCAAGGACUACCACCUAAAGUAAAAAUGACUAAACAACAUUUUUUUAAUUAUUUUUUUUGUAAACUUCAUAUCAUUAUCGUAACUAUCUCUAAACACUAGCAAUUAAGUUUCCCUAUUUUUAAGGCACUGUUUAUGUUUUUCCGCUUUUUGUUAGAACUAAAACAUUUAAAUUUUUUUUUGUGUCACUGCAUUUUGCUUUCUCUGUACUAAACAAGAUGAAAAUAUAAUUUAAAAAUGA